GGUUAUGGACAUUCCAAGAAGUUUAUAGCUGCACAAGGACCACUGAAGAAAACAUUAAUUGAUUUCUGGAGUCUAGUCUGGCAAGAGCGACCCAAUACCAUCAUCAUGGUAACCAAUCUUAAGGAGGGAUCUAAGACUAAAUGUGAACAAUAUUGGCCUGAGUCGUAUAUGGAACCAACUACUUUUGGACCUUUUAUUGUCACAUUAGUGGAUGAACAGAGAAUACUAGAUUGUCCCAUCUUAGUCCACUGCAGUGCUGGUGUAGGUCGUACUGGUACAUUUAUUGCUGUGGAUAUAGCUCUGGAACAAGCUAGUAAAGAGAGAGUAGUAGAUAUUGCUGGUAUUAUCAAUAGACUUAGAGAACAGAGAAUGAAGAUGGUCCAGACAGCAGGUUAUCAUGAAAAGAAAGCAUUCAUUAUAGCUCAGAGUCCAACAGAGAACACUAGCAGAGACUUUGGAAGAUGA